GCGGCGGUGAGAGGAGAUGGCGGAGGAAUCGCACGUUCUUGAGAUCAAUCUCAUCUCGGCGCAAGGACUUAAAGAACCGACGGGGAAGCUCCGGAGACUGCAGACGUACGCAUCCGUAUGGGUUGAUUCCUCCGACAAGCUCCGCACUCGAAUCGAUCGGAUCGGCGCCGAGAAUCCGAUUUGGAACGACAAGUUCGUUUUCCAGGUUUCAUCGGAGUUCCUCUCCAGCGAAACUUCCGGCGUCUCGAUCGAGAUCUACGCCGUUGGUUACUUACGCGAUCAUCUCAUCGGAACCGUGCGUUUCCUCGUGAGCAACUUCCUCCCAACCGCCGCGGAGAAGGUUCCGUCUCUCGUCGCGCUUCAGAUCCGCCGUCCUUCCGGUAAGUUCCGCGGUGUUCUCAACAUCGCCGCCAUGGUGAUCGACGCUUCCGAGCUACCCGCUGGUUUCUUCAAGUCCGUUCGAGAGAAGGAGGCGGAGAGUCGCCGGAGCCGAAGGAUGAAGAAGUCGAGAUCCGCGGUCGUUUUGUCGGAGAACGGUUUAGCUGACGACGGCGGAAGCUCGAAGGAGAACUCGUUAAGCGGAUCGGUGAAUUUCUCCGACGACGGUACGGACUCGACGGCGUCUUCUCCGAUGCCGUCUCCGCUCAGAGACUGGAACGCGGUUCGGAAUAUGGCGGGAAAGAAUCACGUGAGGUGGUCAUCGGACGGCGGAGGAAUGAUGUGCUGUUUCUUGAUGAAAUCGUCUGGUAUCUUACCGCCAAAACAAGAGAGGAUGGACGGCUGAGAUUUUGUUAUCUGAUGAUGAUUCCAACGGUUCAGAUAUCAUCUUGGUUUCGAAGAUCAUCAACCAUACAUUUUUCGUUUAGGCAGUUACCGACGGUUAUGAGUAUUAACUAACUCUUUUAGUUGGCGCAGUUUUCUUUUAGUUAGUUCAUUUGGUUUUUGUUUUUAUUUUCUGAACAGUUUCAAAUUCAUUUCAGUAUGAAGACGAAGAUCAUUUUUUUGUGGUGUCAUAUU